AUAUAGCCAUCUAUAACAUUUAUGCAUAUAAACUUGAGAAUACAACCAGUCCUAUGGAUAAGAAAGCAGAGUGUACAUCAUACAAAAGGGUGGAUGGCAAAGUUGCUGUAAUAACAGGAGCUGCAAGAGGAAUUGGUGCUGCAACUGCAAAGUUAUUAGCUGAACAUGGAGCUCAUGUAGUGAUUGCAGAUAUACUAGAUGAACUUGGAUCGAGUCUAGCUGAUUCUAUUGGAGGUCGCUACAUACAUUGCGAUGUCUCAAAAGAAUCUGAUGUUGAAGCUGCAGUCCAGUUAGCGCUAGACUGGAAAGGGAAAGUAGACAUCAUGUUUAACAAUGCAGGCAUUCCGGGCUUUGGAGGGAGCAUCACUAAACUUAAAAUGGAUGAAAUGGCUGCUCUGUUAUCAAUCAAUCUGAAUGGGGUGGUUCAUGGAAUAAAGCACGCUGGACGAGCUAUGGUUGCAGCAGGGAAAGGGGGUUCUAUAAUAUGCACCUCAAGCUCAGCAGCAUUCCUGGGCGGGCUGGGAUCACAUCCAUACACAUUGUCAAAAGAGGCUAUUAUUGGUGUAGUGAGGAGCAGUGCUUGUGAGUUAGGGGUGCAUGGGAUCCGAGUAAACUGUGUUGUGCCCCAUGGCGUUCCCUCAGAGAUGCUAGUGAAUGCAUAUAGAUUAGCUUUGAAUAGGAAUGAUAUUGAUGCUGAAGAUGUGACUAAGAUUGUGGGGGAACGGGCAAGCCUGCUGCGUGGUAGAGGUGGAAAGUUAGAGGAUGCUGCAUAUGCAGUUCUGUUUCUAGCUAGUGAUGAGGCUGGAUUUAUAACAGGCCACAAUCUUAUCAUUGAUGGGGGGUAUACUGCUGCUAACAACCUAAUGGCAUUCAUAUACCAAGACUGAACUUCAAUCCAAAUAAACGAGACAAGCAACAAGUAAAGCAACUGCAUUUUUCAUUUCCACAGCAAAUGUAAAAAUUUCCAAACGAAUGUUUAAAGUUAUCAAGAAUCCUUUAAAACCAAAUUUCUUUUCUUAUUA